UAGGAAAGGAGCCGCGGAAACUGAAAUGAAAUGGCACCCGACCUUCUGCUAGAACCCACGACCCGAAACUUCAGUGUCACCACCGCCCGGCUGAGGAGCUUGGCUGAGCCCACACUGGAAACAGAGGACCGAGGGAGCCGAUGGAAGACAGAAAAUCAGCAGGUGUGGAGCACGAAAAUAACCCAGAGAAGGACAAGCAUGGAGCUUCCGGAAGCUGAAAAGAAGGAAGUCCUCCAGGACACGCUGAAUGAAUGUGUUUUGACACCUUCCAUUGGCCAAGAAGGGCGUGACUGCUACCAGCCUUACAGGGAUGGCACGUUCCCAUCGGAUAAACAGGAAUUCGGCUCUGCUCUGGAUGUAGCCUGUGAAUGCUCCCAUUCCAAAGGGGAUGAAACUCCACCCAGUUCCCCAGUGCACCUGUCAGGAGGCUGGGAAACGCAUUUUAGUGAAGAGUCAACCGUGAUUUUCAUUGCACGAGGAGGAAAAAGAGCCCUGAGUUCCGUUACUGGUAAUCAGGGAACGGAUUGUUGUUCUUACACUGGGUUUCUAGGCAACAUUUCUUUCUUACUGCAUCCUAUAGUAUAAAAAUUGUGAGACACUUGGAUCCAGAAGAGCGAGUAUUCAUCGAAUUCAUUCAUGUGUCUUUGUCCUCUUCUUUCUCUGGGCUCUGUUGAGGGAGGAAUGUCAACUCCAUCAGGGGCUGAUUCUCAGCUUGUCCACAAAAUGAGUGACACACACACGGGAUCCUUCUAUCUGGCUUAUGAACAUCCUAUAGCUCCACAGUCCUUCUGAUUCCUAGGUGCAUACCAGCAGAGCUUUAAAACAUCUCCCAUUACCCACACCCCAGCCCAGAAUGUUGAAAUCAAAAUCUCAAGGGAUUGGGUGACGGCAUUCACGUGAGUUCAAAGCUCAGUCAGUGUUUCUUUCA